CCUCGGGCCCACAACUUUUAUUCCAUAUAUAAACAAGAACUCCCAGUCCACAACUUUCUUCAUAAGCACAAAUUACGACGCUGCCACUGCUCUCGUCCACCGCCGCCGGACCGCUCGCACAUCCCACUUCGCCCCCCAUCUCCGGCGGCUCACAUCCCUAUAAAUUAAAGUUCUCAAGUUUAAUUUACACUAAUUAUCACAGUUUCCUUCGUUCCUCUCUCAAUUAAAAAAUAAAUUGGAGAAAAUGUUUUUCUUGAGUGAACUAGAACACAGUCUGAGAUUACCCCCUCAUCUCCUGAAUCAACCUCUCGACAAAGCCAUUAAAGGAGAGCUUGAAUCUCUCUUCUUAGAUACGGUUAUUGAUAAAUUAGGGUUAUGCAUUAGCGUGUACGAUAUUCGAUCCAUCGAUGGUGGAUUCAUAUUUCCUGGUCAUGGUGCUUCCACUUAUACGGUGAAGUUCAGAUUGGUAAUGUUUCGACCGUUUCUCGGAGAAGUUAUAUCGGCUCGACUGAAAGAAUCCACCACGUCUGGUUUACGAUUGUCACUUGGAUUUUUUGACGAUAUUUAUGUAUAUGUCCCUUUACUACCCGCUCCCAAUGACUAUGCACCUGAUCCAUCGCGCAAGGAUGGAGUUAUAUGGUCGUGGAACUACCAUGCAGAUCCUUUGACAAUAGACUGGACAGAUGAGAUAAGGUUCAAAGUUCAUAGUGUAAAUUAUCAUCCUAUACCAGUAGAGCAAGGGGAUGAUGAUGAUCCAGAGAAAAAAGAUUCGAAGCCGUUCGCCCCUAUGGUGGUCAUUGGAUCUAUUGAUGAUGAUGGUUUAGGCCCUGUUUCAUGGUGGUGAUAAUGUUGCUGUGGAAGUUUAACACACUAAACCACCAUUAAGACUCUAGCUAAUUGUCAUUAACCAAGUUGCUAAUUACGUUUUGCUUAAUUACUAAUUGUCUUACUUUUGCUAUUUGAUGGUGCCUUUUAAUCUUCUGUUUCACUUGGAUUUACAUCAAGGAUCUAAAGUCUUCAGCUAUGGAACUCAAAUUCUUAGUACUUUAAUGAUUAGUUUGUGAAUUUUUUAGUUAUU